AUGAGUCCAAGUUCGAAGUCGAUUGACGCAGCUGGAGUCGAUGUACGUUGGCUCGACGGUGCUGCGCCGAACACUUUACCUGCCGGGAAUGCGUUUGGUAUUCCAUGGGCACAGGGCGCGAUUGACCGCACCACUCCGAUUUCUGCAAUAGGAGAAUCUGGAGGGAUACCCGUUCAAUCCUGGCCGUUAGCAUACUGGCCAGAUGGUAGUCUCAAAUGGACUGGACAUGCUAUUGGAACCGACAGUCUUAGUAACAUCGGAAAUGGGUUUAGCAUUGCUCCUGGGACACCCACAGAGCCAAAGAGUCCCGUGUCUGUCCAAACCGGAAGCGAUGGAAGCGUCACUAUGUCAACUGGAAAUUUCUCAGGCACGACUAUCGUUUCGUCAUUGUCUCUUUCGGGUAAUAAAUUGGCACAGAAUGGGCAAUUAGUUUUACAGUUGCAAAAUGCCCCUGACCCAGACUUUUCUGCCUCGUCUACAACGGCUGCCAUUGGGUCUGUAGUGCAACCGGCCAGCAUACAAAAAAUGCUAGGCCGUGUUGAUAACCUCACAGUCGAGCAAUCAGGACCUGUGCGAGGAGUUAUCAAGGUGGGCAAUGGUCCAAUAGUCGCAGAUAGUAUCUUACUUACACAUGCUGAUGUCAGGUGUCAGGUCAAUACACCACAGGAUCAAAUGAAGGACAUGCAGAUUUCCUACCCUUCACUGUCAGAUUUUAUCUUGCAUCCGGGGCGACUACAAUUAGAGCAGUUCAUUUUUUUAUCUUCGAUGGCGACCAACAGAAAGACUUCAUUAAGGGUUUGGUAA